UCAAAAGACAUCAUUUUUCCUCUUAUUUUUUAAAUUGUCUUUUAUGAAAUUUAUCAUUUUGAAUUUUUUAUUUGUAUAAGCUCAGUCGAUCUCGAUUGAUUUUUAUUCCGAAAUGGAAACAAAAAAACCACAAGCUCGACAACAAUCACCAUUGGUCAAACAUUAUUUAGCCAUCUAUAAUUCCGUACAAUUUCUUGGUUGGGCCUAUGGAUUAUUUUUGACCGUACGGUUCUUAUUGUUUUCACCAGAAAGUCAUAAUUAUCUUCUAUUAUGGGAGAAUUGUUCAACUAUUAUAACUAUUUUUCAAACCUAUCAAUUGAUUGAAGUUUUCCAUGCAAUGAUUGGUUUUGUUCGAUCGAAUCCAAUCACAACAUUCACUCAAAUUUUUUCUCGUUUAAUGUUGGUUUGGGGAAUAUUAAUUCCAUUGUCUCAGGCUCGUCAUUCGAUUGGUGUACCGAUGUUAUUGAUCGCUUGGUGUAUUGCUGAAUGUAUACGAUACUCGUACUAUGCCUUGAACAUUUAUGAUUGCGUUCCGUACAUCUGUACUUGGCUUCGUUACACGUUAUUUAUCGCACUUUAUCCGCUUGGAGUUUCUGGUGAAUUACUUACUACAUACGCUGCACUUCGACAAAUUCGUCAGCGAAAAUUUUUAACGUUAGAAUUACCAAACAAAUUGAAUUUUUCAUUUUACUAUGAUAUGUAUUGUGUAAUAUUCAUGCUUAGUUACUUUCAUUUUUUCCCUCAGCUUUAUCUGUACAUGUUGGGGCAACGGAAAAAGAUUCUUGGUCCCUCUAAACAACAGGCAAAACAAGAUUGACUAGUGACCAUAACGAGCAAUGAACAAAAUAAUCAAUCUAUGCAAAUGAUCACAUCAAAUGAUUUGUAAUCCGAAAGCAUAAAUUUGUCGUUUGAAUAAUUAUUCCAUUUAUUUUAUUUCAACUUUAUUCUUUUAAAUCAAUUUCUUUCAUUAAAUUUAAUAAAAUUUGUGUAUGAAUUAAUGUUA